AUGGGCUCUGUAGACUCCCCCGUUCUUCCUUCGGAUUUCCUUUGGGGAUUCGCAACUGCAAGUUAUCAGAUUGAAGGCGCGGUCGAUGAAGAUGGCCGCGGGCCUUCCAUCUGGGACACUUUCUGCAAGAAACCAGGAAAAAUUGCUGGCGGAGCCAAUGGCGACGUGGCGUGCGACUCUUACCAUCGUACCCACGAAGAUAUCGAUCUGUUGAAGCAGUGUCAAGCUAAGGCCUAUCGCUUCUCUAUCUCUUGGUCCCGCGUCAUUCCACUUGGAGGCCGAAAUGACCCUAUUAACGAGAAAGGCCUGCAGUUCUACGUCAAAUUCGUGGACGACCUGCUAGCUGCUGGGAUUACACCGCUUGUGACAUUGUUCCAUUGGGAUCUCCCGGAAGAGCUGGACAAACGCUAUGGUGGUUUGCUAAACAAGGAGGAGUUUGUCGCCGACUAUGCCAACUAUGCCCGUAUCAUUUUCAAUGCACUGAGCCCGAAGGUGAAAUACUGGAUUACUUUCAACGAGCCAUGGUGCAGCAGUGUCCUCGGCUAUAAUGUCGGCCAAUUCGCCCCUGGCAGGACCAGUGAUCGAAGCAAGAACCCCGAAGGUGAUGGCUCCACAGAGCCCUGGAUUGUAGGUCACAACAUCCUUGUUGCCCACGGCACCGCCGUAAAGAUCUACCGCGAAGAAUUCAAGGCUCGUGACGGUGGUGAGAUUGGUAUAACUCUCAAUGGCGACUGGGCUGAACCCUGGGACCCUGAAAACCCCGCGGACGUCGAAGCCGCUCCCCGCAAGAUCGAAUUCGCUAUCUCCUGGUUCGCCGACCCUAUUUACUUCGGCCGCUACCCAGAAAGCAUGAUAAAGCAACUUGGCAACCGUCUCCCGGAAUGGACCCCGGAAGAAGUCGCGUUGGUCAAGGGUAGUAACGACUUCUACGGCAUGAACCACUACUGCGCCAACUUUAUUCGCGCCAAAACCAGCGAGCCGGACCCCACAGACGUCGCAGGUAACUUGGAGCUCCUGCUCCAGAACAAGGCUGGCGAAUGGGUCGGCCCCGAGACACAAUCGCCCUGGCUUCGACCAUCCCCGACAGGUUUCCGCAAGCUCCUUAAGUGGCUCAGCGACCGCUAUAACCGCCCUAAGAUAUACGUCACCGAGAACGGGACCAGUCUGAAGGGUGAGAACGACUUGCCGCUUGAGCAGCUGCUGAAGGACGAUUUCCGCGUAAAGUACUUUGAGGACUAUAUUCAUGCUAUGGCUGAGGCGUACACCUACGACAAUGUUAAUGUUAGGGCUUACAUGGCUUGGAGCUUGAUGGACAACUUUGAAUGGGCCGAAGGUUACGAGACCCGCUUCGGCGUCACGUACGUCGACUACGAAAAUAACCAGAAGAGAUAUCCCAAGGCAAGCGCGAAGGCCAUGUCAGAGAUCUUUGCGAAGUAUAUCCAGAAUGAGUGA